AUGCAAUCAUCUAUUUCAUUUACACUUAAUAUUAAUAGUCAAAGUUCGAAUGCUCAUAAUAUUCGUCCAAUUCUUCCAAAUAUUUUUGCUGAUAAUGAUAUACAACGAACAAUAAGAAUUAAUAAAAUAUCAUCAUCGGUAUCAAAAAAAUUUCUAAAUAAUAAACGAGAACAACGUUUAGUAAGUAAACAAUGUUUUUUACCAUUACAACCAACUAUUAUUAAAACAUCAUCAUUAACUACAAUUGAUAUUCAAUCUAAACUUGAAUCGAUUAUUUUAAAAACUGUUGAUUGUGAAAUCAUUGAUUUAUUUAAUCAAAUAAAAUCAAAACCAACAACAACAGCUUUUAAUGAUAAUCUAUCAGUUAUAUUAGCAAAACUUUUACCUAGUGAACAUAAAUAUUUUUUUGGUAGUAUUGUUAUUACAGAUAAAAUUGAUUCAUUAUCAGAUGAUACUAACAAUUCUAUGUCACAGGAACGUCGUAUUGUCAUGGAUCAAUUACGUACUCUUGAAUUUGUACAAUUACAAGCAUUUGCACGUGUACUUCAACAACAAAAUAAAAAAUCACAAUCGACAAUUGAUAAAUUACAACAAAAAAAUAAUCGUAUGUCACCUGCUCAAUUACUUGCUGAAUCAAUUAAAAAACAAUCUCUCGAUAAAAUAACAUUUGCUUUGAUUAUGGAUCGUAUAUUAGGCAAAGUUGAUAAUCAAUUAUCAUGUUUACGUGAUGAAUGCUAUAUGUCAGCUGUUAGUAAUGUACAAUCAUUAGUACAAAAAGAUACAGGAACAACAAUAAUGAUGACAAAAAUUGAACAAGAACUAUCACAUCUACGUAAUAAAGUUAAUCAUUUAACAUUAACUAAUGAAAAAUAUAGUCAAUUAAUAACUCGAUUAUUACAAGAUAUUCAACAUGUUCAUGAUAUGUCACAACAUGAUGUCAAAGAAGCACAUAAUAUGCGUUUAUUUAUUCAAUCAUUACAUGAUGUUACUUAUCAACAUCGAUUUGUUCGAAGUGAAUGUAAAAUAAUAAAACGAUCAAUAAAUCAAUUAGAACUUGGAUUUUUUGAUAAUCUUAUUCAUAUUCAACUCGAUGGUAAAACAAUUGGUCGUAUUACAACUUGGACACAAAUAAGCGAUAAAAAUGAUGAUAAUAUUGAAUGUAAAAUUAUCUAUUCUACUGAUGAAAACUUAAAUCAAAGUCAACAAUUAGCUUAUGAAUUACUUAAAAAUGAAAUCAACAUCUAUUGGAAUCGUCCAUUAACAAGUACAAUAUCCAUGUCAUAUCUUAUAGAAUUUAUACGAAAAUUAAUUGAAUAUUCACUCAUUGCAAAUAAUUUAUCACGAACAUUAAUUGUUUGUCUCGAAACAUUACCAUGUAAAUUAAUUGAUAAUAAAUUUACUAUUGAUUGGUCAACACCACAAAUACGUCUUGAUAUUGAAUGGGAACUUGAUGAACGAAUAUUUCGUGAUUGUCCAUUAAAAUCAUCUUAUUGUUGUCAACCACAACAUAAUGGAUUAUGUAAUGAACUUCAAAUUCUUCUUGAUCGUAUGAAACCAAUAAAUGGUUCAAUUGCUAGUUUAUAUGAACAAGUUGAAAAACAUAUUCGACCAUGGAUUAAACUUUUUGAUGAAAUUCAAAAUGAUAAUAUAAAUAAAUCUCAAGUUAAUAUAUCAUUACAAAAAUUAAAACAAUCAUUAGAAAAAUUAUUACUUGAACAUAAUUAA